AUGCAGUUUGAGGAGCGCCUGGAGGUCCCGGUAGCCUUGGAGUUGGCCAACGUCUUCCUCCGCUUCAGCAACGAGCAGCAGGCCAGCUACGCUGAGCGAGGUCGCUUGGUCCAGGAUGGCCGGUACUGUGCUGAGGCUGCGGCGAUGGCCAAGGCCAUCAUGGACCGCGGGGAGUGCGGUCGCGCCCAGCAGAUCUUGGCCUGGUGCAAGGCCUUGCAGGGAGACCACGGGGCCGCUGCGGGGGACUUCUGCGCCGCGCUGCCUAACCUCACGCAGGACCCCGCCACGCUGCGAACAUGGCCCGUCACUGUGCAUCUAUGGUGCCUGGGGAGCCCCAUUUGGUGGCCCUGGUGGAGGAGGCCAUCGCCAUGGCCGUCGAGCCCAAGGCCUGGACAACGUCAGCGAUGA